GGUUGCGACCGGCGAUAACGCGCACCAAAACCCGGGCACGUUCAGUUCACAUUCAACAAGUGACGGAAGCGGAUGAUCAACCGACCGACAACGAAUGAUCAUCGGUCGCAUUCUACAAAAGUCGCCGGUUUUCCAACCCCCACACACUAAACGAGGGUUAACUACGUGAAAUUGUGUGAGUGUGUAGUUUGGCCGUGUGUUUUUGGGGGUACUCUGUUUUCCCUUCCCUUAACAUUGUGUUCCGGUCACUGUGUUGUGUUUCAUCGAAGGCGCGUGUUAGUAUUUUUAGAACUUAAACUGGUUCGCAAAGGAAUACACGGGUGAUUGGUGAUGUUGACUCGGGUUUUUUUUGCUUGCUUUAAAUAUUUCGCCCGAUAUUGGGAUAUCUAAUGAAGAGGCGUCAGCAGAAGAACUGUUGUAUGUGAACGAUCGUGCGGUGGAUUCCGAGCUGUCUAAACACAUUUUCCCCACAAACUGCCAAACAAGAUGCCGAUGAAGGAAUGGAUCUACCGGUUGCAGCCGGUGCAACUCUACAUCGUACUAGCCCUUUCAUCCGUCUACUUUCUGGUGCAGCUGUUCCUGAGCCAUGUUUCCCACUCGCUGGUACUGCUGGUCGCAUCCUACCAUAUGCUUUGCAACAUCAUUGCCCUCACCGGCUGCAUUUUGACGAUAAAGAAAAGUGCCAUACCGUCUGGCCGGGAAAGUUGUCCAUUGAAGCCGGACGCACGCUCCGUCUCCCAACAGCUGACAGCCGGCGAUGGGUCGGAAAAGUUCGCCGAAGUACCUCUUGCUAGCCAAGACACGACGGACGGAAGCAGGAUCAGCUCAGAAGGUAAGGGCGAGGAAUCGGCCCUGGAGAUCAAGAACAACGUGAAGGUGAAAGCCCGUCAGGCGAGAGAGAGCACUCUGAAGAAUACGUUCGGAUGGACCCGCAUAGACAUCCUAACGAUGCUGGUGGUGUGCAUCUUUAUGGCAUCGUUUUGCUUUUCGACCAUCAUCGAAGCUCUGCAGACACUGUCCCACAUACAUCAUCAGGAUGCGAUGCACUUUCCGGAGCAUAUCUUUAUCCUGGGCGCGAUGGGAUUGAUACUGAACGGGUUCUGCUAUCUGUUGAUCGGUGGAUAUACGUACCAUCAAGGUAGCUUCCUGUACAUCACAUCGAGCGGCAAUGUGAUCCUGGAUCACGUGAUUACUGGCGAAGGUGUUCGGAAGGGCGAUCGACGCCUUUCGGGCUCGAGAAGACAGGUCUCACCAUCGCAACUACGCGACCAGUCGAAGCGUCAGAGCGUUCGCGAGCUGAUGCGUGAUAUUUGCAGUACUGUGAUCGUCAUUAUUUGCUCGCUGAUUGUGUACUACACGACAGAAGAAACGGCCAAGUUUGUGGAUCCAGCUCUUUCGAUUGUUUCCUGUAUUAUCCUGCUAACUCUGAGCUAUCCAUACAUGAAAGAAUCGGGAAUGAUCUUGCUCCAGACUAUUCCCGACACGAUCGACAUAGAAAUCUUCAAGAAAACACUGCUGGACGGCUUCAAGGAUAUUGUCAGUGUGCAUGAUCUUCACAUAUGGCAGCUGAGCGGAGAUCAGUACGUCUCCACGGUACACAUUAUCUUUGACAACCCGAAGGUUUAUCUCAAGAUCCAAAACGAUGUGAUUGAGUUCUUCCACGAGCAGGGCAUCAAUCAGGUCACCAUUCAGCCCGAGUUCAAAGUGGCGGACGAACAGCGAACCCUUGGCAACUGUCUCGAGGGUUGUUUGAUCCAGUGUCGAACGAUAGCCCAGUGCGCUAGCCGUACGUGCUGUGAUACGAUGUCACACGAAGAAGCCGCCAAUGUGCCAUUACUGAUGGAAGUGGUUGAUGGGCCACGGGCGGAUAGCACGGAUGAACCGAAAGGCAGUGAAGUCAUUCAGAUGAACGCACUAUCGACAGUGAAUUCGGACGACCAAGCUCAAGUGGCCAUCGUGGCGAGUGAGCCAAUGACCACCGAAGCCGGCGAAGGUGAUAACCGUAAGCUAGAGAAAGACAAUGUCUCUCAAUCAAACAAUGUCGAGGGCACCGACUCAGCCACAGUACAAAUAAGCCCAGUUAAGACUGAAUGCCAGGCGCGCGAGACGGAAGGUGAUAAGAGCACGUAAAUAAGAGAGUAUUGCCACUAGAAAUGGAACCACAGACCCCCGGAGCCACCACAAGGGCUUUGGGCGAAAGGAAAUCGAACUAAUCGAUUGUAUUUUAAUUAUAACGUUUAACGCUAGCGGGCGCGUGUGUGUGAGUGUGAGAGAAACCGCGGUUAAGAAAUGAUUGUUCCAUACAUUCGCUCAUUUGUCGAGCGGAUAGCCAUAUUGCUUAUUAUGUUAUGUGAAGCAAAGCGUGUCGAAAUGGUUGUGCUUGAAAAUGUUAAAGCUGCAUUUUACUUUCGUAGAAUUAAGAUAAAGUUUUACUAUUAACACCUGAAA